AUGUCUUUCCCAACUGCCAGUCAAACAUGCAGCCCUCCUUCUCCUCCUCCGCAACCCAUCGAACCCCCAAUCCUCCUCCAAUCCGAGCGCCACAAGACCUACUAUGAAAGCACCCGACUCGCGCGGCGCCGCUACGAGCACGCCACCCUCCGCGAGGGUCUGCAGCGGGGUUUAUCGCUCUGGAGCAUUCUGGCCAUAUUAUCGGGCGGUGGGCGUGAGGAUGCCCACGCCCCCUACCGCGGAAGGAGAUUGCAUCCUUCCAGGGUGACGAGCCAUAGCCACGGGCAUCGACUUGAGGACCGCAGCAUUGGGUGCGAGUCCACAGCCAUGCACUACGCCCACACCCACACCCACACCCACAACGACCCUCCGCUCGAAAGACACGCGCAUCAUCCCAGCUUGACGAUGUUUUCAUCUUCGUCCUCACAUCCACAGAGCCAACUUCCGAUUCACCAUCGCAGCACAAUUGGAUAUUCCACCAGCAGCAGCAGCAGCCACAAUACAACCCCCGCACCACCCCGCCUACCCCAUCACCACCACCACAACCACCACAUCCAGAUACCCAACCACCGAAACCAACACUUCCCAACCCCAACCCCAACCCCAACUCAGACACACGACCAUCCUCCCAGAAACAAAAUCAACCCCCUCCUCACCCUCACCAUCAAUCCCCCCCUCAUCACCCCGGAUAGCUCCUACUUCGCCCGCGUCUCGGACUACCGGGUGCGCAGCCGGAAGCGGCCGUGGGAGGGGGACCGGAGCUGGGAUCGGAGCUUUUUGUGUCGGGCUUAUAAGCGGCGGCGGGGUGGGGGUGGGGGUGGGGGUGGUUCUGGGAGUUUAGGUAUUGGGUUUGGGGGGAAUGGGAGGAGAGUGCGUGGUGGAGGGGCCGUGGUGUUAGAGAGGGGGAUGGUUUGGGAGAUGGGGGCUUGUGGUUCUGGCGGUGGGAUGGGGGAGGGUGAGGGGGAUUGGGAGGGGGAUGGGCUUGGGGAGGCUAAUGGGGAUGGGGAUGCGGGGAGGUGGCGGUAUUGGGUUCCUGUUUAG